AUGCCAUAUUACAGUUUCAAUCGUUUAACAGCCGUUGAAAGUAUUAAAAUCGUAAAAACUGAUUACAAUAGUAUAAAUUUGCCAAGACCUAGGCAUGACUGUAACGUACGCCCCACGGCUCCAAUGGCCUUCUAUCCGACUUGGCAAACAGAUCCAUCGCAGGGUUGGCAAAAUCAAUUCAUACAGCAAAUACCACAGAAUACGCCUGCCAUAACAUCGCUCAACUCGUUAGAUUUUCAAACACAAUCAUAUGCCUACCCAUCAAAUGGAUAUGUGCAGACUGGCCUCGGAUUUGAUCCAAAUUAUGGCCGUUCUCCAUAUGGCGCACCCGUACAACGUUAUGACUUUCAGAGCCAACAGUUAUCAAGUGCACCCAUCAAUCAAGUAGGUCUGCAGGGCGUUGGUUUUGCACCGGCUGCUGUUACAUAUGCCGGUCAAGUGUCAACUGCUCCUGCACCACCUUCCGUGGGUUUACAGCAACAACAACAUUUGGGCGUUGGCAGUGACUUGAAUAAGACGAUGUCGGGAAACGACACGCCUGGAUAUCCGCGGGUGAGCAGCGUACCGCCGCGCUCACUCAAUUGUAACGGGUAUUCAGGCGACUAUAGCGGUACUCAACAACAACAACAACAUCAAACAUCAAAUCACAACUCAACAGCUUCAACUGCUGUUACACCAAAUGCUGUUGCUAACUCACUUGCAACAGUCAAUGGCGGGCAGUCAGCAGCAAAUGCUAAUAAUAAUUCGGUGGCUCUACCACAAGCUUCACCAAUGCAACCACCAAAUGCUCAAAGUGUGCCACAAUCUCCAACAAGAAAUCUCAUGCAGCAACAUCAACAGCAACAGCAGCAACAACAGGCGCGUCAUGUCUCUCAAUCGCCCAAUCAUAUACCGCAAUCACCAAAUGGUAAUUUACAAGCUCAGCAACAACAACAACAAACGCAGUAUAAUUCCAAUAUACCACAAUCACCACAUCAUAAUCCAUUGCAGCAACAGCAGACGCAGAAUCAUAUCGCUUCACCACCACAACAACAGCAACAGCAGAUGCAACAAGACUGGAAUUGGAAUACCCAGCAGCAGCAGCAGCAGCAGCAGCAAACUCCUGGCGCUGACUACCAACAAGGUGAGCGUGUUAAUCUUAAUACGCGCAUUAAAUCUAUGAUUUUACGUAAAAAUGAUCCUAAAGAUUCACUUUCUGGUGCAGCACCACCUGAUAUUCUUAUGCAGGUACCUCCUCCACCUCUGAGUGCGAAUGGUAACGGUGCACAGCAGCAGCAACAGCAACAGACCGGUCAUUUUUUAUCGUAUAGCCACCAUCUCCGAAACGAUUCAGUAAUGAACUCGAAUGGUUCGAAUGGUACUAGUGUAGCUCAACAAACUCGUGCACCAACACAUCCACAUCAACAGAAUCAACAGCAACAACAUCAGCAAAUACAGAAUAUGCAAGCAUCGAAUACUGUGGGAAUGGCGCCAACCGCAACACUAGCACCAGAACCAAUCGGAGGUGGUGGCGACCAAAUUUGGAAGCCACACCACGUGAAUUCCUUUAAGAAGCCCGUGGCAACUGGUUUUCAAAAUUCGGAUCAACAUCAUCAACAGACUCUUCAAUCACAGCAACAUACAGCAACCAAUAAUUCGAAUAAUAAUACUCAUACAGAGACACCAACCAAAAAACCAAGUCGUAGAAGUAAAAGCAGCCGUAAUACUAAUACUGAACAAACGGAUAUAGAGAAAAACAGUAAUGACCCAGGCGGUGGAUUGCAUUCAGCACAUGUCGCUAAUACGAAAAACAUGGAUAAGAUGAACUAUCCCUCAUCACAGUAUCCACCACAUCCAGACUACCAAGCACAGUAUAUAAAAACUGAACCAGGACUCGUGCCACCACAACCAAAUAAGAUGGAAGGGUAUGAACGCAACUAUCAGAAUUUCAUACAAUAUGCAGAUUUUUGUCAAAACGAAGUUCAAGGUCAGUCUGGUGGACCAACUCAGCAUAUUCAGCAACAACAUCAAAACCAGUCAGAGUAUGCAGGCUAUCAUCACAAUGCAGCAUAUUAUAGUGGGUCGACCAGUUUCCAACAAAACUAUCAGCAAAACUUUGUUCCUGGAUACCAGCACUCUAAUUCAGCUGGAGCAUACUCCACACCAAAUAUACAAUCCCAACACUCCAGUACGCUUACAAAGUCCACUAACGGUGGGCACCCGAAAUCACCCAGUGCGACUGGUUUAUCACAAUUAAAUAAUCAUAUGAUGGAUAUAGAUCGAAAGCCUGACACUAACAGCAUCAUACCACUUCCUACCAAUUAUGAAAAAGAUAUACCAGCUCAUGCUUAUCCAAUACCUCCACAUAGGUAUCCACUGGGUCAUAUGCCAUCACAUCUUGCUUCUGGCUUAAUUGAACCAAAAAUUGAAGACAUGGGAAUGCUUAAUCAAAGUGGUACAUAUCCCUUCCUAGGUGAAGGCGGUCCUGCAGCUAUCAAAGAUAGUUCUGGUUUUUCAUGUUGUCGACAAGGUGGAACGCUAGCACCAACUACUGAACAUCUAAAAGAUGGGUCUUGUACUGGCAUUCAAACAAAAGAUGAAAUAAUUGAUGAAGAAGACGAACAAAAUGCUAAUGCCAAUGGUGCUAAACCCAAGAAAAAGGGAGUAAAGCAAGAAGAAAAUAAUGAAAUUGUAGUCAAACAUGAAAAAAUAAAUCCAAUUUUCGAUACAACUGAUAGGUUAGAGAAAGGUAAUAAGACCGAGAUUCCAGAAUGUGAUUGUUUUCAAUCAGAUAAAAAUCCACCAGAACCUGGCACAUACUAUACGCAUCUAGGAACUGCCUCAACACUUGCGGAACUACGCAAAGAACUUGAGGAUCGAUGUCAAAUAUCUGGUCGGCAACUGCGUAUUGAAAAAAUUGUUUAUACUGGCAAAGAAGGUAAAACAAAUCAAGGUUGUCCGGUGGCCAAAUGGGUUAUUAGGCGUGCAGAUCCUGAAGAGAAAAUAUUGGUUGUUGUUAAGAAACGUCCUGGCCAUAGGUGCUUGGCAGCAUUUAUUGUUGUUUGUAUGGUUGCUUGGGAUGGCAUGCCGAGAAUGGAAGCUGAUAAUGCCUACAAAAACUUAAUACCGAAAUUAAACAAAUUUGGACUUCCAACAACAAGGCGGUGCGCCACGAAUGAAAACCGCACCUGUGCUUGUCAAGGUCUUGAUCCCGAAACAUCUGGUGCCUCCUAUAGCUUUGGUUGUUCUUGGUCCAUGUAUUAUAAUGGUUGCAAAUACGCACGUUCUAAAACGGUACGCAAGUUCCGCCUCUCUGUUAAAAGUGAGGAAUCUGCAAUUGAAGAUCAUAUGAACUUACUAGCCACAGUAUUGGCACCUCUUUUCAAGCAAGUAUGUCCACGUUCCUAUGACAAUCAAACAAAAUACGAAAAGGAAGCACCAGACUGUCGACUUGGUUUAGAACCUGGCCGACCGUUUUCAGGUGUUACAGCCUGUUUAGAUUUUUGUGCGCAUGCUCAUAGAGAUCUGCACAAUAUGCAAGAUGGAUGUACCGUUCAUGUGGCUCUACUUAAGCCCUGUAAUCGUGAUAGUAGACCACCAGAUGAUGAACAAUUUCAUGUAUUGCCAUUAUACACGAUAGACUCGACUGAUGAAUUUGAAAGCGUAGAAGGGCAACGAGAAAAACAUCGUAUCGGAGCUGUACAAGUGCUGGAGAAAUAUCCAUGUGAAGUACGUGUGCGUUCAACACCACUAAUACCAUGUCGACGACAUGGUAAGAAACGUAAAGAGGAUGAGCCUGCUACCACAGAAAAUGACACAGGUGCUGCUACAACACCAGUUAGUACUCCACAAGCAACUGCUGUAUCAAAUACUCCACCAGCAGUAGUUAAAAAGGAAUCUGGAAGCAGCAAAUCGAAGUCUAAAAGUAAAUCUAAUGCUACAACUCCAACAGGAGCAACAACACCAUCAUCAGCGGUGCCACCUACAACUCCCUCACCUCGUUGUCAGACACCAGUAACGAAUAAUCCUAGUCCGGCUGGAAGUGCAUUUACAACACCACCAGUAAAUAAUAACCACUCGAAUUCAUCUGCGGGUAGUGCACAAGGAGGCAAUCCAAAUCAGCUUAUGUCAUCCAAUUCCAGUCUUAUGAAUAUGGCGACUAUGAUUGAUACAUUCACAGAUGCACAACUACAAUCGAAUCAAAUUUCUAGUACGGUACUUGAUUCUCCUUAUUCGUACGACUAUCAAACUGGUUCCUAUAUAGACUCACGUAACUAUUACGGAAACUGGCCUCCACCUCAUACUCCUCAUGUUGUAGGUAUGACACCAACUGGUGUACCAAAUGCAGCUCCUGCUGCUCCAAUGACACCUACAACACCAACUGGUCAUCAUACACACCAUACUCCUGCACCUUUAACACCGCAUCAUGAUGCCAAUGGUGGCUAUGGUACACCCUAUAAUAAUCUACCAACAGCAGGUAGUCAGCAGCUAACGCAAGUACAUGAUGUGCGUGGAGAAGUUAAAAGCCGCGGCAGUGAAGAAAACCCCGAUUCAACUACACUGGUAAACAACAAUUUAGCUGAAAGUAAACUAACUACACUCACUCCAUUAACACCCAUGAGUAAUCUAACUCAACACCAUCAUCAUCCUCAUCAUGCUAACCCACUUGAAGAAGGCUUCGUCAAACCAAAGCCUCCAACU